UUAAAUUUGUUUCUACAGGAAUAAUUUUUUAUUUCCCAAAACGUCAAAUUCGCUAUGAAAAACGUCAGGUCGCACCCCACUCCCCGUCGUCGGCGGCGCUCCUGCAUCCCCAGGCGACCUUGAGCUUAGUCAGCUCUAUCAGUUCGAUGUAAAUGUGUGCAGCAAACCUCAGCAGGAUUGAAUUCCUGUUCUGACAGUCAAUCGUGCAACCUCCUCGUAAGUGCCACAAUGAACCUCUCACGUUUCCGGUUGAUAACAUUCGACGUGACCGACACCCUCCUCAAAUUCCGCUCGGCUCCAGGAAAACAAUACGGCGAAGUGGGCGCCAUGUACGGCGUCCUCGUCGACAGCAACUCGCUGAGCGCCAAUUUCAAAUCGCACUGGCACAAAAUGAACGCCGAACAUCCCAAUUUCGGCAAGAAUAGUCUAGGCUGGCAGAGCUGGUGGAAGCAGAUCGUGGUGGGCACUUUCAAGGACUCCAAAAUCGACUUGGACGACCGGAAACUGGACUCAAUAGCCUCGCAUUUGAUCGAAUUGUACGAGACCUCCAUGUGCUGGCAGCCCAGCUACGGGGCCUUGGGGCUGCUCUCGUAUUUGCGACACCGGGGGGUGCCUAUGGGGGUGAUCUCCAAUUUCGAUCCCAGACUGGACUCGACUUUGAUCAACACGAAGUUGAGGCACUAUUUUAAGUUCGUGACAGCGUCGUAUGACGUCGGAGUGGCCAAACCGAGUCAAGGGAUUUUUGAAAAAGCGAUGGAAAUGUCCGAAAUUAACGACAUCAAACCUGAGGAGUGUCUCCAUGUUGGAAACACAGUUCUUUUGGAUUAUGUCGGGGCUAGGAAAAGCGGGUGGAGUGCCGUGUUGAUCCAUGAUAAAGACUUGAAAAAAGUUAAAGAGAAAUAUCCAUUCGUUGAUGGCAAUUACGUGUUUCCCAGUUUGUACGAGUUGCAUAGAUAUUUUUUAGAAAAUAACGACGUUAAAUUAAGUGCCCAAUCGUUUUAAACUUCCGCGCGACCAAAGUAUUGUUUUGUUGUAUUUAUUUUUGAUUUUAUUUUGUAUCUUGUUUAGGAAGACGAAUCCUUAUCUUAUCGCAUUAGAAUGAUAUGCGAUUCUUUGAAACAAAAUAGAUUAUUUUGAAUA